ACAAUGUAGUGAAUAUUUUUCCUAAACUGCGUUACUCACUCCAGUCAGCAGAUGGCGAUGGGUGUAUUUCAAGUGAUGCUUCUUGCGUGACGUAUAAUCUAGUGGACCGGGUGCUUACUUUUUUAAACAUGGCUACUGAUUCAACCACCUCCGUAGCUUACUAGCAAACAUAAAACCAAAACAUUGGAGCUCUUUGGACCAUUAUAUAGGUAUUAACCUCAGCGUUUUAAACACACUGUCUGCGUAUAACGUUGAUUCAUUUCAUAUUGACGUUGUUAGUCAACUCUGGUUAAGAUAGCACUAGCACUAUAGGCUAAUCGCAGUUCUGCCCCUGAGCAAGACCGUUAACCCACUGUUCCCCGGGCGCAAAAGACGUGGAUGUCGAUUAAAUGCGGAAGACACAUUUCAGUUGAAGUCAUUCAGUUGUACAACUGACUAGGUAUUUCCCGUUCCCUUUCAGUAAUGCUUAUUAGCUAGCUAACAUCCCAGACCAUGAGCUCAAAAAGCUACUUCCCCCCUGCUAAAGAAGAGGUCUGCUGGUCGGAGAAAGAAGCUCUGGGACUGAACAUUGUCGUGAAAGAGGAAGAGGAGGAGAUGACUGUCACAGUCAAAGAAGAAGAUAAAGAAGCUUUUGGAAUGACAGAAGAAGAGGAGAAAUAUAUCACAUUGAAAGAAGAAGACGAGAAGGCUAUCACAUUGAAUGAAGAGAAAGAUUUCACAUUAAAAGAAGAGAAAGAUAUCACAUUGAAUGAAGAGAGAGGUAUCACAUUGAAUGAAGAGAAAUAUAUAACAUUGAAUGAAGAGAAAGAUAUCACAUUGAAUGAAGAGAAAGAUAUCACAUUGAAUGAAGAGGAGAAAGAUAUCACAUUGAAAGAAGAAGAGGAGAAGGCUAUCACAUUGAAUGAAGAGGAGAAAGAAGCUUUUGGAAUGAAAGAUGAAGAGGAGAAAGAUAUCACAUUGAAAGAAGAGGAGGAGAAAGAUAUCACAUUGAAAGAAGAGGAGGAGAAAAAUAUCACAUUGAAAGAAGAAGAGGAGGAGAAAGCUAUCACAUUGAAUGAAGAGGAGGAGAAAGAUAUCACAUUGAAAAAAGAAGAUGAUGUAACAGUGAAAGAUGAGGAAGAAGCUUUCAGGGGGGAGGUUGAAGAGGAGGAGACUGGAUAUCUGAUUAACACCAAAGAGAGACCAGACUCUCACAGCGGAAAGAGUCCUUCAGAAGAAGCAGCCCCAAAGACAUCCAAACCAGUAAGACCACAUGACUGCUCCCAGUGUGGAAAGAGAUUUAUCAGGUUAGGGCACCUGAAAGAACAUAAGAAAACAUACACAGGAGAGAACCCUUUCUAUUGCUCCCAGUGUGGAAAGAGUUUUAGACACUCAGGCCAUCUUAAAGUGCAUGCAAGAAAACACACUGGAGAGAUGCCACAUCAAUGCUCCCAGUGCGAUUCUUUCUUUUACUCAUCAGGGGUCCUUAAAUCACAUGAGAGAACACACUUAGGAGAGAGGCCAUUCCAAUGCUCUCGGUGUGGAAAGAGUUUUACCCGGUCAGGGAAUCUGAAUAUGCAUUUGAGAACACACACAGGGGAGAAGCCUUUCCACUGCUCCCUGUGUGGAAAGAGUUUUACCUGGUUAGGGAACUUGAAAAUGCAUGAGAGAAUACACACAGGAGAGAAGCCUUUCCACUGCUCCCUGUGUGGAAAAAGGUUUACCUAUUUAGUGACACUGAAGAAGCAUGAGUUGACACACACAGGGGAGAAGCCUUUCCAAUGCUCCAAAUGUGGAAAGAGUUUUACCCAGUUAGUGAACCUGAAAAGGCAUGAAGGAACACACACAGGAGAGAAGCCUUUCCACUGCUCCUUGUGUGGUAAGCGUUUUACCCAGUUAGUGAACCUGAAAAGGCAUGAAAGAACACACACUGGAGAGAAGCCAUAUCAAUGCUCCCAGUGUGGAAAUACAUUUUUCUCAUCACGUGACCUGAAAUCACAUGAGAAAACACACUUAUCAGAGAGGCAUUCCCAAUGUUCUCAGUGUGGAAAGAGUUUUACCCGGUUAGGGAACCUGAAUAGGCAUUUGAGAACACACACAGGGGAGAAGCCCUACCACUGCUUAGACUGUGGAAAGAGCUUUACCCAGCAAGGGGACCUGAAAUCACAUGAGCGGACACACACAGGAGAUAAGCCUUUCCAAUGUUCCCAGUGUGGAAAAAGUUUUGCCUGCUCAGGGAACUUGAAAAUGCAUAAGAGAAUACACACAGGAGAGAAGCCUUUCCAAUGCUCCCAAUGUGGAAAGAGUUUUACCCAGUUAGUGAACCUGAAAAGGCAUGAAGGAACACACACAGGAUAGAAGCCUCUCCAAUGUUCUCAUUGUGGAAAGACAUUUUCCCAGUAAGAGGACCUGCAAUCACAUGAGAGAAUAGAGAGGCUGUGUGUUGACAUACAGUACCAGUCAAACGUUUGGACACGCCUACUCAUUCAAGGAUUUUAUUUAUUUUUACUGGCAGAGCUUGAGAGGAUCUGCAGUGAA